AUGGAGAGCCGUCUGCAAGGGCUGCCCUCUGAGAUCCUCACGCGACUUCUCGAGAUCCCAGGUACUCGUAAGCUGUCCCUGUGCAGUAAGGCGUUCUACAAGCUGGCCGAGAAGACGGCAAAUCAGCAGGCCUCUCCAAGAAGUGUCGAGGAGGACCGCGAAAGUUCCGCGGAAGAUCCCGAAGAGAUGGCGCUCUUUAGAGUGCGGGGCGGAAAGAUGGUUGCAAGCCGCGAGGGCCUCUGCUUCGUGCCGGCGAAUGACAUUGUGUGCAUCUAUUACGAACGAGAACUUGCGAUGACCUCGACCGACAAGGACAGGAGCACUUCUACCGGCCUUUUUACGCCGAACACAAACCACUACAACUCUGCGAAUUCCACCGGGAGGCUUCUUGACGCGCUGCACAAGCAGAAUGGAGUGGACGCCGGAGUGGCGUCUUCUGGACGGCUGAAAAAGAACCUUUCUGUCGCGCCAGAGGAGCAGGCUCAAAGGGACGAGCGCGGCGGGCACCGCCAGAAGUAUAAGAAACCGAGGGCGGAGAAGCACACCCGCAGAAACUCCAAGCUGGACGUCAGCGUUGAGAAGGAGAACAGUGACCAGCGGCCGCGAUUGUACAACGAUGCGCUGCUCGAAGUCGAGCAGCGCAUCCUUGCCAUGGUAUCGGCCCGGCUGGCCACGAUGAAAGCGGGGACUGAUGUGGCAAGCCUGGCUGCGGCCCUGGUGGCUGACCAGUUUGAGUGGUGGAUUGACCCCACUGGCGCCAUCCUUUUGGCGCUGUACACUAUCGUCAACUGGUCCGGCACCGUGAGAGAAAAUGUACAAUCGCUUGUGGGCCAGAGCGCACCCCCGGAGUUCCUUGCUAAGAUCACCUACCUCUGUUGGAAUCACCAUCGGGACAUUCUCCAGAUUGAUACCGUUCGCGCCUACGUUUUUGGGAGCCACAUGUUUUCGGAGGUCGACAUCGUCCUGCCUGGAGACAUGCCGCUCAGGGAGGCUCACGAUAUUGGGGAGUCUCUUCAGAACAAGCUAGAGCGCCUGCCAGAGAUCGAACGGGCUUUCGUCCACCUUGACUUUGAAGUCAGCCACAAGCCGGAGCACAACCCGAGUCUAGUCCCACCCACCCCUGGAAGAACCCAAGCCGAGGCUCAGUCUGCUCCGGGUGCCGAACUUGUUUAGAGGCUCAUUAUUGGGCGGCUGAAUUCCUAAGCGGCUGCGAAGUCGCUUUUUGUGUGUGACAAGGUCGCAACCUUACUGCUGAGUUUGUGGAGGUAUAUGUUAACCCGAAUCUUGCAGAAUACAGAGAUGGGUUAGCGCACGGUUAGCGCAGGCAUGUACAGCGCGGAGGUGUCCACAUUAUUGUAGCUUUGAGCUAACCCAAUAGCCAGUGCCGCUCGCUUAAGCCUUUGCGUAGUUAGAGUAGCCAGUGCAGAAGCUCUCGGUUGAGUAGUCAGACAACAUGUUUGACAGUGCUGACAUGGGCAGACCUUGACCCAAUUCGUCACGCUUUCAUUCCAGAGACAGUCACUGUCACGACAGUGUAUGGACAGACUAUCAUUUGCCAGAGAGUCGACUUAGACGUGGAAACCUCACUUUGGGCCGCCCCAAAACGGUGUUCAUAUGUCAUGUGCAUUGUGGAAUGAUGCCGCG